AUGGCAACCAUCACUCCUCCGGGCUGGUCACGGACCAGCAUCUGUGCAAACAGAUAUGCUGGACAGCAGGGCUGCCAAAUGGGAGGCAGAUUCGCAUGCAAAGCCUGUCUUCUGGUCGCUUAUUGCGGGCCGGUAUGUCAGAAGGCCCAUUGGUCACCGCUAUUGAAAAGCACCUGGCAGCCGGGAUGGGCGUUGGAACGUCGCACACCGGCAUUCGUGGGCGGGCUUUUGUUUGGCGCGUCCGGGGACCUUAGGAACGUCGUCAGGACCAUUGCAAUGCUUCCGGAGGACUUUCGCGGAAAGGUUUCCGUGACUCUCAAUGAUAGAGAUUUUGGCAUCGUCGCUCGGAAUAUCAUCAUGUUGCUUGUCAUCUUCCUUUCUCAAGAGUUGGACGAAGCUGUAGAAAGCGUAAUCCACCUUUGGUAUUCGGCAUUCAUCAAGGAUUUGCAUAUGGAUCUCCUCGAUAACAGGGUGCGGCCCUUAGUGGAAACAGUCUGCGGAAAAAUCGGAUCUAAAUCGCCUAGAUCGCUCCUAGGGAAGACGUGGGUGUUCGGCUCUCGCUCGCUGCGCGUGGUUCUGCGGAAGGAAGAGUGGCUGCUACUCCCCUCCCAUCUGCAGCUUCCACAUAACUGGUCAAAGAGCCGAGCACAAGAGGUCCGCACCGCUUGCACGAUGGCAGAGGAGCGUAGGGACUACAGAGAGCGACGAAUGCUGUCACAAUUACCGUCCCACCCUCUGUGCGCAGAUAAGUUUCGUAGAGAUGGUAUCCUACUGCUAUUUGGCUUUUCGAUAGAAGAUUUCAGCACCCCCAACCCAACUAUCUUUGGCAAGACAGAAGACUGGCCAAUGAAUGAUUCUGCUGACCCUUUCGAUGGUUGGGACUUAAGAGAAGUCUUACAGAUACACUGUGGCCCAGCCAGCAAUGACAUCUACGGGAAGCUGCAUUGGUUCUUGACACAUCUCCUCUCUCGAUUUUACCACCGUGUCUCGAAUUUGGAAAUACAGUUCGAACUCCUAAAUUUCGACGCCGAGAUCUUACCCGACCAUCUCAACUCACUCACUCCAUCUAGGUUUCCAAUGUUUCCGAUGGCGGAUAUCUUGGACUUGCAAAAACACUGUGGAUCUUUGGACGUUCUGCUUGACGGUCCACACGACAACCCGCACGCAACACUCGUGACUCUCUUUAUGAACGCGGUAGAUGAGAUGGCAGAUGGAAAGGAGGAAGAAAUAAGCCUCAAAGCCGAGAUGAUGCAGCUUAUGAAAUACCUGUCCCCAAAGGGCCUCGGCUUUUCGCAGGGCGACCCGUGGAUGGUGAAUAUGCUCGCGGCUCGGCCGCUCGUUCGUGACGUGGAGACUUUCUUCGACAGGUAUAUGGAAAUCCACCGCUUCAAGGAAGCUGAAAAGCUGUUUGGCCUCAAGAUGAAGGAACCUCAUACGAUUAUUGAACCAUGGCCUACAAGGCUCAAGUUACGACAUGGUGAACGAGGCUGGGAGGACGAGUUCAAAAUCAGGCACAGCUCUGCUCACUUUGGAUGCGAGCGUUACGUGGAAUGGAAGAGGAUCGACUCAAUUCCACAACUUCCGCAGGAACUAGCUUGA